CUUCGGGAGUGGAAGGAAGGAGGGCUCAUCCAGAGGACGGAUUUCAUUUUAAAAACACCCCCUGCCUCCUAAACAACUCGGCUCCCAUGUUUUUAUGGUGCACUUGUUCUUCCUCCCGAGGCAUCCCCUCCCCGGUCUCUUCUUUUAACUGGAAGCUGUUGAGACACACACACACACCUCCCUCCCUCCCUCCCUCCCUCCCUCCUUUCUCUCUCGCGUUCAUUAAGCCUGGAAAUAAACGGACGGUUGUUGGACUUGCUGCUGCUUGAGUUCACCACCGCGGUGUCAUAAGGAAACCGUGGAAGACAACACACAGAAAACAAUAAGCAGAAGUACACAUGAACUGAAGCUCUGGGGAGAGACUUUCUCCCCCAGCCUCUUAUGGCCUCCCUGCCUGCUUCCUCAGUCCAGGCAUGACCGUCACCCCUAAAAAGGACAGUGCUCAGUCUGGUUCCUCCUCUUACGACACAAGCUCCAGAUCUGGUCCUGUGCAGAUGGAUGAGGUCGAAGGUCUUCGUUUUAAGCCCACCACUGAGGACUCUGUGUCUCUGGCUUCCUCCUUGGCUGAGCCCAUCAACCUAGAAGAUUCCCAUUAUACUUUGCUGCGAGGCGAGCUCGAGACUAACGCCCAGAGCCUGGAGGCGGAGUCAUGGAGUGUAGCGGUGGACCAGAACUACUUGAAGGCCCUGAACAAAGAGGCUGGUAAAAGACAGGACGUCAUCUAUGAGUUGAUCCAGACAGAGAUGCACCAUGUACGCACCUUAAAAAUCCUUCUCCAGGUUUACAUGCACGAGUUGAGGCAGUCUUUGCUGAUAGAAGAGACCAGACUGGAGCGACUCUUUAGUGGAGUGGAGCCUCUGCUCAGCCUCCACCAGCACUUCCUUGACUGCCUCAAAGUACGCCAAAAUGAAAGUCAAGAGGAAGGAAGCCCAAACAACUACCAGAUCAACCAACUGGGGGAUAUUCUCAUCUCUCAGUUUUCAGGUGAGCUGGGAGAAGGAAUGAUAGUGUAUUACAGUCUUUUCUGCAGUCGUCACAAUGAAGCCAUCAGCUUCUAUAAAGAGCAGCUGCAGAACAACAAGAAACUGCAGAUCCUUAUGAGGAAAAUAGGUCAGCUGCCCCUCGUGCGAAGGUUGGGAAUCCCUGAGUGUUUUAUGUUGGUGACUCAACGCAUCACGAAAUAUCCCAUCCUGGUGGAGCGGCUCAUACAGAACACGGAAGCUGACACAGAAGAGUACAAAUCUCUGGUUCAGGGUUUGGCACUGAUCAAAGACACCAUCUCCCAGGUGAACGAUCAGGUCAGUGAAUAUGAGAAAGCAGCUCGUCUGAGAGAGAUAAGCCUGCGUCUGGAGCCAAAAUCUCAGGGCCGGAUGAAGGACGGACAGCUGUUCCGCAGGGAGGAUCUGAUCCAGGGAGACAGGAUGCUGCUGCAUGAAGGCACCGUCACAUGGAAGUCCUCUGGUAGACAAAAAGACGUCCAAGCUGUGCUGCUGUCAGACGUACUCCUCCUCUUACAAGAGAAAGAUCAGAAGCUUGUGUUUGCUGCUGUGGAUAACAAACCACCAGUGAUCUCCCUUCAAAGGCUGAUAGUUAGGGAAGUGGCUCAUGACGACAAAGCCAUGUUCCUUAUCUGCGCGUGCACCACCAGCAUGCCGGAAAUGUACGAGAUCCACACAGGCUCCAGGGAGGAACGCAUCACAUGGACGGCGAUGAUACGGGAAGCCGUGAACUGUUAUCCAGAUGAGGAGCUGUAUCGAGAGCUGACUGCUAAACUGCAACAAUUUCAAGAUAUUCUAAAGAUGAGGGAUGACCUUAUAAAGCAAAAUCUGACAGAGAAACAGCAGAUCUUUGCUGCUCUCUACGAGACAGUGACGGAGAAGGAAACCCCUCACAAAGGGCUGCUGCUCCGAGGAGACACCUCCGACCUCCAGCAGGGGGAGACGCUGCUUAAAGGAGCCAUCGAUGAGGUGGAAAACCUGCAGAACCUGCUCUUGUUGAGGAUAAAAGACCCAAACUGUCCCGUGGAUGAGAGUAAGAUGCAGGGCGGGCUGAUCAGGAGGGCCAAGACGUUUGGAGUGGCAGAUAGCAACCCUGCUGCUAGCAUCGUGAAAACCGGAGAUGCAACUGAGAGGCAAGGUGGCAGCGAGGGCAGUCCGGUGUACAGCAGUCGCCCCAUUAGUGACCCUCUGCUGCAGGAAACGUACUGUGAAGGCCUGGAACAGUCUGCUGAUGAUGACACUCAGAUGCCAAACCACAAUUUAACCUUCAGUCAUUACCUUGAGGGAGAGGUGUGUGACAAAGUGAUAAUGCUCGCACAGAGGCUCUACAGCUUACAAGCAAUCAUCGCCCAGCAGGACAGCCAGAUUGAACUGCAGAACAUUUUACAGACAAAGAGCAAGCAGCCCACUCGUCAUUAUAGCAGCGUGCUGCUCGAGCAGGAGAAGCAGCGCAACUUGGAAAAGCACAAGGAGGAACUGGCCCAUUUGCACAAGCUGCAGGCUCAGCAUCGAGAGGAGCAGCAGCGCUGGGAGAAGGAGAAGGAGCGGCAGAGGAUGCAGAUCGAGGCUCUGGAGGCUCAGCUGCAACAGAGGGAGGACAACUGUCGAAAGCGGGAGGAGAAGCUCAGUGAGGAGAAGGCCGAGCUGGAGGAGCAGAGGGAAAGCUAUCAGCAGGACCUGGAGAGGCUGAGGGAAAGCACAAAGUCAGUAGACAAGGAAAAGGAGCGUCUCGAUCAGGAGAAGGAGCGUCUAGAGAAAAUAAAGAAGUCCAACUAUGAGGAUCCUGCAAAAUACUGGAGUUACCAGUCGUUCAGGGGAAGCGUAGUGAACGGAGGCGGGAAUCUGACCUUACACCCGAAGCUCUUGGCCGCCGCCUCAGACCCGAUGGAAACUCCUCCGAAGGUUCCGCCGCGCAGGGAGAGCAUCAGCCCCAUGCUGCCCAAACCCGAGCUGCCCAUCCAGCUGAUCAGCACUACCAACCAGGUGCUCAAGCCCGCCGUGGUGCAGCAGCAGAUCCCCACCAAGCUGGCUGGUCUGUCCAAGGGAAAGGAGAAAGGCACCAAGACGAAGGGGUCCCACCAGAGAACGCACAGUGCAGCCUCUAUAGACGUGAACCAGGUGCUGCCCAUCCGAGUGACGGGGAAAGAAGGAGGCAGUCUGAGAUCCAAAAGGAACGCCAGUCCUCAAAGCAUCUACCAGUCAGGAGUCUUCAACCCGCCAGGAUCUGUCCGCAAUGUGAAAAUGUCUCAGUCCUUCAGCACGUACAAGAGGGGCAGCGGCGAGGAUCCACCACCUGUACCACCUCCUUUUCCCAAAGAUGUUCAUGAAACUGGUAAAGAGAAAGUAAUAUUCCUUUAAUCCUGAGCUACACACUGGAGUUUGGAUGAGGCCUGGUCCAGACUUAUUAACACUUAUAAGACUGAUGGAGCUGUUAAAACAUUGGACAUGAUCUCAAGACAUCCACGUGUGUCCAGAACGAAGAGGAGUGGCACGAUUAUGGAAUUUUAUUACUGGCUGUUUUUAUGUAGUAUUUAUGGUAUUGGUUGGUCAAAAAAUGUAAAAAGCAACGUUUGUACAUUAGGAAAGAUAAUAUUUUAAAUGAAGAUGAUGCGAAAGCAAAAGACUUUGCCAAAGACUUUUAUGAGAAGUUUUUUUUUAUUUUUAAUUUUAAUGAAAGCAGGUUGUCUUUAACUAUUAAGCACUCAUGUCUUCACUUUUAGGCUUUCUUUGUAAUUUAAUGAAUGAUGAAUUCGGUACGAGGAGGUACUGUGGAUUUGAAAGUUUACAUCUGUUUUAGAUAUGAGGUGCCAAGCACGAAGGGUUUAUUUCAGGUUGAAUCAGAUUACAAUGUGUACUGUGGUCCUGCUCCUCAGCGUGUGCUGCAAUCGAAUCAUACAUUAAUGGGGUUUGUGGAAGAAACUACAUUUUGUAAAGUUGUUGUUUGUAAAUACUAUGAGCUGCUUUGUGCACUUUGGUGAUUUCAGCAGGGUUGUUUCAGACAGAAAGCUGCUGGAAACAUGUUUAAGAAUGUAACACAAUGAUUGUAAUUUAAAUAACGUUCUGGCACAAUUUAACAUUUAACAUUAUGUUGGUGAUUUUCUCUGGUAGAGACACAUCGGCCACCGUCACCUUUUGUUUCCAUGUAAAAUUUCUUCCAAAUCCCAACUAAAGGGUCGUGGAAUAAAAAGAUGGUUGACUUGACAA